CAUAACUACAUAACCUCUACCUACAAACAUCAAAAUAGUGUCUGUACGUGCUUUCUUGCUUAGUUUUAACAGCUCUAAAAUUUUAUUUUGUAUAAAUUACAUUGCCAAAAAUGGCUGCAAUUUUGCGUGUAAAACGUAAAAAGGAUGAUGAACCACAAGAUGCUCUAAUAAUUUCUUGCAAACGGCCCAAAGUAGAGUACGAUGAUGUUUCAGAAUCAAGUGCAGUAACAGCAAUUGUAAAAUUUGCAGGAACUAUUGAAAAACCGGAUGAUUGUGUUGUAGAACACAUUACUAAAACAUUAAGUAAAGAGGCCCUGAAAUCUCAUUUCAAACAACACAUUGUUGAUAUCACUAAAAAAGUAAGGGAAAAAACUAAACAAGAAUCAAAUGAGAAUCGUUACAAAAUUAUCAGCAAUAUAAGAUCAUUAGAUACGUCUAUGAUUGAUGAUCUGGACCAAGAUGUAAUUAAUGUUAUUGAUAUAGAAGAUACAAAAGCUGUUCAGAAUGACAAGGUUCUAUCCGAUACUGGAUAUGUAUAUGAUCUUUAUUAUACUCAAACAAAAGAUGCUAUAAGGAUUAAUGAUUUAGUCUCAGUUUUACCUGCAGAAGAAAAUUUAGUUUUUGAAGAUUAUUACAGAGAUAAUGAAGAGGAAUAUAGAGAAGAAUCAGAAGAUUCAAACUCUGAAUCAAAUUGGAAAAAUGAAUACCCAGAUUCUGAAUAUUCAGAGGAAUCUGUGGAAGAAAAUGAUAUGAGAAACGCUAUGAAAAAACUCAAUGUUGAUAAUGAACUUUCAAGUGAUGAUGACGAUGACAAUGAUUUUGUAUAUGGACUUGAUAAAGCAGAUGUUGAAAGGUAUGGCUACAAAUACGCAAAAUACAAAGCUCAAUUAAAAAAGGAAGAAAAAGAAGAAUAUGACUUUUCAAUAACUGAUCGUUCCAGUUCAAGUGACAAUGAUGGAAGACAUAAUAGUGAUGAAAUUGAUGAGUUUGAUCAUGAAGAUAUGGAUCAAUAGUAUAUAAAUUUUUAAUUAUUAUGUAUGUAUAAUAUGUUUAAGACUUAGAAAAUAAAAUUUAAUUUUAUAUUUUCAUUAGACUGCACAUAUAUAUAAUUUAUAAAGAUUUAUCAAAAUGUGGAAUAAAUUUUAGA